AUGAGUCGUCCUGCUUCAAUCUUGACCUUCUCGAUUCUCAUCUGUGUCUCUGUCCUCAUUGUCCCACCCUCCGCUGCCCGGCCACACUCCAUCUGGGACAUCAGCAUCGACGAAAGCCCUGCCCCUCCGCCAGACCAAGGCCCUCCGCUCUCCGCUGGUGCCCUGCGAGACAAGUCCAAACUCAAAUACGAGAUCAUUGGCAUAGUCGGCGCCUACCUGGUUUGGUUGAUCGGCACUGUUGUGCUGCUUUUCCUUGUCGGCAAGAAGCUGCGCCGUAGAGUCCAAACCUCGAACCGCAGUCUCAGCAUGGAGAUCGUCAAGCCUGCUCCAUUGGCCGAUCAGUCCAAGAUGGCUGUCGAACCGCCUUUAAAGAGCCCCGGCAAGAUGGCCAGCCUCAGGUCCUGGGCCACGGGCAAGUCCCAUUCCCACAAACAGUCGAGCAUCAGUGUUUCGUCCACCAUCGACGAAAAGAUCAUUGAAGCAGACAAGGCAAGGAACAAGGAUGAAAUGGCAAGGCUUUAUGCUGCUGUCAUGGCACAUGACGAAGAAAAAGCCAGGAGCAGUGGGCAAACGUCGCCUCGCACGCCCACUUAUCCACCCCAGUACAAUGCUCCGCCUACGCCUCGGUCACCUUACCAUCUCCCACCGACUCCAAGGUCACCUUACUACCAGCCCAAUCUCAACCUCAACGGGCCGGCCUCGCCGAGGUCGCCGCGGUAUCCUCCAGAGUUUCAGCAUCUGCGACAUCCCGAGACCGAAGCCCAAAGUCAGGUGGUUCCACCGGUUGGACACGCACUGAUUCACCCUCUUGCGCCAACUCCCGCCGACGAUGUGUCCUCGAUGAGGACAGCGUCACAGACCAGCAGCCGGAAGAAGGUGUCUCCUUUGUCCUUCAUCUCGGGCCGAAGUGACUCGGCUGAUCAAACGAGAAAGCGCUCGACCAAUAUCUCCGUUCGAGGGCAACCCAUCUCGCAACCAAUAGGCUCGGCCACGCUCACGGACGCCUCGAUCUACUCCGAAGACGCUCUCUCUUCCCCUCGCAUCUACAACCCGGGCCCAGCUCCACCCACGCCGGGCCAAAAGUCCGCCGUGACCGUGGUCGAGGAGGUUGAAAAGAAAGGUCCCCCAGCGCCCCUGUCUCUUCGCAGUGCUGCAGCGUCCAACAGCUCCAACAGCCUCCCCUUCCGUCAAUUCUACAACGACGCCCUCAAGAGCGCGCCUGCAACCAAGACCACUUUCGUGGACCGCCGCGAGAGUAUUCUGGGCGUGCACCCCAAGACGGGAGUGCCUCAGACCCCGUAUUCUCCCUACAUGCCCUACACGCCCAUGACGCCAGUGACGCCCCGCACGCUCAUGACCAGGAAGGAGAUGAAGAAGAACAGGAAGAAGGAAGGCUUGAAGGUGCUGACCGAGGACGACAUGGUGCUCUCCGAUGAGGACUUGUGGUCAACUUAG